AGUGUUAGCAGGAGCUCUGGCAGGAUGAUGAACUCCACACAGGUCUCUUACUUAAGACUCGCCGCCUACGUCGACACCGGACUCCUGAAAUACGUGUACUUCCUGAUUGUUCUGUGUGUCUAUGUGUUCAUCGUGGGUGCCAACGUGUUCCUCAUCGUGGUGAUCUGUGUGAACAGGAGCCUCCAUGAGCCCAUGUACAUGUUCCUGUGCAGCCUGUUUGUCAAUGAGCUGUAUGGUAGUACAGGCUUGUUUCCACUGCUGCUGGUCCAGAUCCUCUCUGAUGUUCACACUGUUCCUGCUUCUCUCUGCUACCUGCAGAUUUAUUGCAUACACUGCUAUGGAACCGUUGAAUAUUUAAGCCUGGCCGUCAUGUCCUACGACAGAUAUCUGGCUAUUUGUUAUCCUCUGCAGUACAGCAGCCAUAUGAGCGCUAACAGGACGGCCACCCUCAUCGCCCUGCCCUGGCUCUACGGCCUGCUGGCGUGCCUUAUUAUGAUCUGUUUGAGCUCCUCUUUGCAGCUUUGUGGGAACAUAAUUCAAAAAGUUUACUGUGACAACCACGCUAUUAUCAAGCUGGCCUGCGCUGACACUCGUCUUCUCAACACACUGGGACUCUUCUCUAGUUUCUGUGCAGUAGGUUUUCCUUUCAUGGUAAUCCUCUACACCUACAUGCAGAUCCUGAAGGUGUGUUUCUCUGGUUCUAAGCAGACCAGACAGAAGGCUGUCGCUACCUGCUCACCUCACCUGGCUUCUGUGUUGAACUUUACGUUCGGGGUAAGCUUUGAAUUGUCCCAGAGCAGGUUUGACAUGAGGAGUGUGCCUGCUCAGAUCAGAAUAUUAAUGUCGCUGUACUGGUUUCUGUUUCAGCCGCUCUUAAACCCUUUAGUUUAUGGCCUGAACAUGUCCAAAAUACGGAUUUUAUUUCAGAAGGUGUUCAGCCUACCACGGACCAUCUACCGGAGCAGCAUGUGA